AUGCUAUCCAUCAAGACCGUUGUGCAAUUGUCGUUGGCGGUCUCCGCGAUUCUACUUUCCUCAUGCGUCUUCCUCAUAUUCAUGACGAGUCGACAGAUCGAGCAAUUCCGAGAACAGACGUUCGAUGAUUUGAAAGAAUGGAAGUAUUUUUCGGAUCAAGCUUGGAAGGAGAUCCAGUCAGUCUCGAUUCGGAAAACUCGACGCAGUGGACCCAAUCGAUUCAUAAAACGACAAUCCAGUGACUAUGCAACAUAUAAUGAUUAUUCGGCAAGCCAGACGACUUCCUAUGCGAGGCUCAAUAGCUAUGCAACGGCACCGCAGGAUCAAUGCAAUUGCGGACCUCGUGCAAAUAAUUGUCCGUCAGGACCGCCCGGACCACCCGGACUGCCAGGAUUCGACGGAGAGCCCGGCACACCGGGACUUGAUGGCAAACCUGGUGCGAAUGGUGUCGUGCUCAACGCUUAUGAUCAAGAGCAGCCCGGAUGUAUUGUGUGCCCUCAGGGUCCGCCGGGACUUCCCGGUAACACUGGUUAUCCUGGAAAUCCGGGACCGCCUGGGAAUCAGGGUCUUCCUGGAUAUUCGCCACAGCCUGGUCGACAAGGCCCUCCGGGUCCUUGCGGUGAUAAGGGACCACAAGGACCGCCAGGACCUCCAGGGACUGAUGGGGAGCCCGGUCGCGAUGCUAUUCGACACAUAUGCCAGCCUGGUCGUAAAGGGCCACCAGGACCACCUGGACCAUGCGGCCAACCUGGUAGCCCUGGAUUGACACCACCACCAGGACCUCCAGGACCACCAGGAUUCCAAGGGCCACCUGGGGAUGAUGGGCCUUGUGGACCUCCAGGACCUCAAGGAUAUCCUGGAUUGCCGGGACCUCCUGGACAAGACGCAGAAUAUUGUCCAUGUCCUCCAAAAAGUGGAGUUGACAAAGGGAGCUUCUAUGAAGCUCCAGCUCCAUAUGAUGUAAGCCAGAAUGCAUAUCUCGAAAAGUCGACUAGUGAAGAUGAAUACCGUAAACGCGUUUUGGCACGAGUACUGAAGAAGCAGAAGAGAUUACUGCUGGCAUCAAGAGCGCGAAAUGUGCGCAGAAAGCCGCCAUCAAAGAAACCACAAUCGAAAAACAAUCAAUAA